UCGGAAAAUGCAGUUGCGUUAGUAGCGGAACGGUACACAUUUUUGUGUUUACUUAUUAAUAUUAAUAUCUGUUCAUUCUUUUUUUUUUGUUUCUGCUACAUAUUUACAUGGUGCUACUGUGUUAUGUACUCGUGCUAUGCGCUCUUUGCCCAACCAUCCGCGCACCAUGCUGUCCAACAAAGUGGAACCGAGUGUUCAGAAUGUAGACAGUUCACGCUUAUCAUGCGUGUGUUUGCGGGUUAGUUGGUAGCGGCAUCGGACGACUAUGUACAUAUGUAUGUACGUAUAUAUGAAGUGGGCUUAGCUCCCGAAGUUAGGCACGAUGUACAGCGCUGCGCUGAUUUGAGUUAACCCAUCCCAACGAUGACAAGAGUAGCGCGUUUACCUAUGCUCACGGCUGUCAGCCAAGUUUAAUUUGGUGAUUUUGUUUUUUUAGCCGAGUAAUUACUAUAAAUCCGGUUUAUUUUCCGUUCAUUGUGAUAAUUUCCACACACCAUUAUGUAUAAAGUUAAGAAAAAAAAAAUUAAUUUUAAAAAUAAAUAUUUGAGUAUUCCAUGCGACGUUGUCGUCCUACACUUCGGCACUUUUGUGUGCGCUGCGCACUUGAGCGAACGAGUUAAUAAGUGCGCGACCCCCAGCUUGCUGCUGUGAUCGUCCGUGUGUGUCGUGUGAUCUUCCUCCCAAAAAUAGUACAAAAAAUAUAAAGCACUUUUAGUAAAUCGACGGACAGUCUGACUAACUGGCUGAUAAUGUGCGUUGCGUUGCGUUGUGUUGUGGGUUGCGGUAUGCCGCGUUGACGUUCGUGUAUUGACUUGGAGUACCGGGUUGUUUGUUGAUUUUUGAUAAUUUUUUUUUCCGCAUUUUAUAUCUACUAAAUGUAUAUUUACAGUUCUCGCACGCCGGCAACUUUGGUUGUUCCAUGCGACGUUAGCAGCAACGAUUCAACGAAUUAUUGCCUCAGCGAAAGCCGCGACGGCAACAUGUGAUUGUGUAGUGAACAAAAUGCAUAAAAAAAAACAAAUAUAUGCACUCGAAUAUCUAGCACUAAAGUUUACGCCUUGCAAAAUUAACAUUUUUUGCUCAUGCACGCAAAUUCAUAUAAAAUUGCAGUCUUUUAAACUAAACCGCUUAAAGUGAAAGAAUAAAUUUGUGUUUUUGUUGCUUUUGAUUUAAAACAAAAGGCAAAUUGCGAAAUUGAAUUACAACAACGCUUAGAGGAGUAUUUGCUGCGCUGGUAUUUUUCAACGGAUUUAUAAACAAUCAUUAUACGAUAAAGUGACUACAAAAUGAGGCGCAAAAAAGUUGAAUUCCGCAUCAAGGCCUCGCCGAAUAAAGGUGUGAACAACUAUCGUCCCAUCGAGCAGGACGAGGAACUACUUUCGCCAAAUGCCGACGAUUUAGCGUCACGUUUUGAAGACUACGGUACCACACCGCCACGUACUAGAAUGAAGAUUAAAAGUCGCGAUUGGGAGCGCAAAAAGGCACAUGCUGUCGCCUCUGUUGGAUCAUCAAUAGAUCCCAUGCCGAGCACACCCAAGAAAGGCAUGACACGUAUGGCACGUUCCCGUGUACUUCGACGUAACACAAUGGAUUGUGCUCUGCUUAAUGAAAUGUUCGUCAACGAAGAGAACAAGCGCACCAGCAAACGUGCACAAGAUCUGUUGCGUGAUGCAGAACGUGAACUUAAGAAUGCCAUGAUUUCAACAACAGCAGGCAGUUAUAAUUCGCGUGGUUCAAGUUUAUUGGAUAAUUCAUAUCAUCAGGAAUCAUUGGAUAAAUGUACGCCGCUUAAUUCGGAGGUGUGCUUGCGCGGCUCCUCAAAGGUGGUGGAAUCGUGUAAUAGAUAUAUGUGCGUAUCCUCGCGACCUAUAGGCUGUCGUGCAUCGGCUCCAGCAUCGGCAUUUGUACAACAGUUGCGUAGUGAACGCACACCAGGUUUGAAUAUACGCAAAGAGUUUCAUGAGACUUUCGCAAAUCUUAUCAAAUUAGGCAGCGUCGAUCGACAGGAUGCUAAGCUUUCACAUGAAGAGCACACCUGGCAAGCAGAAUUGAAAGAUCUCAUUUGGCUGGAGUUACAAGCAUGGCAGGCUGACCGUACCAUGGAACAGCAGGACAAAUAUUUAUUCACCGCCCGACAGGCAGUGCCUGAAUUGCUCUCACAAAUUAUAAAUUACAAAUUUCAACCGCGCUAUCAACGUGCCAUGAGUGAAUUGAGCAUUGAUAGUGGCAUCAGUACGGAUAGCAAUGCAAGUUCACCACAGCCUGGAAAAUUAUGCACUGGCUGUAUGUCUUUAUACUGCAAAGACUGCAUGGAGCAGCGGGAGAUUGCCAUGAAAGAAGUGGAAGAACUACUGACACGUUUGGAAUCCGCAGAAGCGCUGUAUCCCUCCUCCCAAGUCAUGGGGGCAUUUCAUCCCAUAUACAAAAAUGAAAACUUUGUAGGCCGUAUUAAAGCUAUGUGUUUGUGGUAUAAUAUAACACGUCAGAAUCGUUUAAAGCUGUGUAUCUUUGGCAAAAUAUUGGCGCGGUUGCAAAGUGAAAAGUUUUCUUGGCCUGUACAGACAUCCUAUGUAGGCACUGAUAGCGACACAUCGUCUGGCGUUGACAACGAUGAUUCUGGCGUUAAUUCGGUUGAUUCAACCAAAACCAGUUCUAGUCAAGCUACGCCUCAACGCAAGCUUUCAUCAUUUUUCUCUACGCCGAAGGUACAGUUCAUGUUGAACGAUGUGGCGCAAGUACCUGGUGAAACUUCAAGUAGCAACGAAUCUACCUCAACCGAAGUUAGUCACCUAUCGUUGGAGGCAUCUGGUUCGCAUUUACGUAAAAAUUCCAUGCAGGACAUAAAUAUAUUUAGUGUUGAACCUUUAACAAGCUGUAAUGAUGCUAAUUCAUCAGCGCUAUACAGGAAGUUCAUCGAAAAUGUAUUAAAAUCUCGUGGUUUAGCGAAAGCUUUGUCGUUUUUAAAUAAACUACACAAUGUCGUGCUCUUCAAAGCACACAUUUCGCUGGAGAAGCCCGGCACAGAAGACUAUGACUUCGAAACUGAGCGCAUUGAUGAACACGUGCCUCAUUUGGAGCCCAAAAUUGGCCGCGAACAAAUUGAUGAAUUGCGGCGCUUUGGUUAUUGGAGCGACGAGGCCAAGUCCAUAAACUUGCCUUCAUACAUUCCCUCUUUCGUGUUUCUCAGCGGCAUACCUUUGCAAUUUAUGCACGAGUUUUUACGUAUGCGUCUAGAAACACGCCCCUCGAAACCAAAUCCGCUAAGCUUAGAGCAGCUCAUGAAGGAGUUACGCGAAGGACUGACAUUGGCGCUGACACAUCGCGAACGCUAUCAGCGGCACAUAACGACAGCGCUGGUGGAGAAUGAGGAAGAAUUGGAGCGAUACAUGGGAAUAUUGAAUCAUUUUGAUAAAACAGUGCGAAAAGUAUUUGAGCUAUAUUUAGAUUACAUCGAUCAAUUGGUGCUGCAAUCAUCGCCAGAGUGUAACCAGAAAUCUGCGUUGGAAAAGGAAUGGAUGUUUACCAAACUCAUUAGUCCCAUGAUAAAUGGCAUGCAUACAAUUGCGGCCAAGAAGUUUUGCACCAUAAUACGCAAUUUGUUGCGCAGCAUAUCUGACCGUUUGGUGAGUCGUGCCGCCGAAUUAGAUAUACAAAUCGAUGACACAGCACAGCAUGGCGAAAGUGAUUUGAAGUGGCAACUCUUAACGAUCUGUAGAGAGAUGCAAUCGCUUUUCACUGUGGAACGCGAAUGUUCGGUGAAGGUGCUCUUCUUUGCAAAGAUGUUUUGUCGCGAUGUCGAAACGACUGACUUUCAUCGAGAGCAUUACGAGGAUGAUGUGAUCAAUCAGCAGCAAGAUUUUGUCUGUGCGGAAGUCAAGAAAUCUUUUAAGUUGCUGCAAAAAGAUGUGCUCGAUGUGCGCAACAAGCUUUCCAAAAUAAUCGAGCGUGUGCAGGAGCGAUGUGGUCCGGAAAAUAUGUCCGACUUAGACGAUCAAGAUAGGCAAGCGGUACUUUCGCGCACACGUGAGAUUUUGCAUCAAGGCUAUAAAUUUGGGUUUGAGUAUAAUAAAGACGUAAUUCGGCUCUUCGAGCAACGAAUAAUGGCAAACAAAGAUGAGUCAUGUGAGGUCGACUUGUCCUUAGGUAUUAUAGAUUUUGCGAAAAUGUGGAUGCGUUUCGUGAUGGAGCGUUGCGAGCGUGGUCGUGGUAUGCGUCCACGGUGGGCGUCACAAGGCUUAGAAUUUCUAAUUCUCGCUUGUGACCCGCAGAUAACGCGUCAUCUGGAUGAAUGUCAAUUCGAGGAACUGAAGAAACAAAUGGACUGCUGCAUAUCUCAUGUGAUUGGCAUAACAUCUGAACCGGAAAAGGUUGCGCGCAAAAAAGCUUCACCAAGAACGCGAAAAACAUCAUCGCCGGCCACAAGCCGAUCUCGGACGCCCACACGUACCCCCAUAUCUGUAGGCGCCGGCACCAGCCCGAAUACGCCAUUGAGCUCACCGCAGUACAAUAAAUUCUUACAUCCGCAGUUUAGUUUAAAGGAGGAAGUGUUGCGAAACGCUGCUGAUGGCACGCCAGAAUAUACGGUUGCAGACAGUCAGGAUUUCCCGGACAGCGGAAACAACGCUACUGAGAAGCAAGGUGAUCUACGGCUAAUUGUGCCACAAUCUUCGCCUAUGUCAAAAUCACCCAAUGGCGGCAGUAGCUCUUCGUUAGCACCACGGCAAGUACGUGUGCGGGACGCUGUGAAUCAUUUGGACAUGGAAAUUGAAGAACAUUUACGCGAACGCAACUUAAUAGGCCAGGUCAAGGAACUGAAUACCUGCGAUAAGGUACAGAUACGUGCACGCAGUGUUAAUUUCCAUUGGCAUCGCGGUAUUAAGAUUGGCCAAGGUCGUUUUGGAAAAGUUUAUACCGCUGUCAAUAAUAAUACUGGUGAGUUGAUGGCUAUGAAAGAAAUUGCAAUACAGCCCGGUGAGACACGUGCACUCAAAAAUGUCGCUGAAGAAUUGAAGAUUUUGGAGGGUAUUAAGCAUAAGAAUUUGGUUCGCUACUAUGGUAUUGAAGUACAUAGGGAAGAACUUCUUAUAUUUAUGGAACUCUGCUCGGAGGGUACUUUAGAAGCAUUAGUGGAAUUAUCGGGUGGUCUGCCGGAAGGCUUAUCGCGGCGCUUCACUGUGCAACUACUAUCAGGUGUUGCUGAACUACAUCGGCACGGCAUUGUGCAUCGGGAUAUAAAGACUGCAAAUAUAUUUUUGGUGGAUGGAAGUAAUAGCCUAAAGCUAGGAGAUUUUGGUUCAGCGGUUAAAAUACAGGCGCAUACAACUGUGCCAGGUGAACUUCAAGGUUAUGUGGGUACACAAGCCUACAUGGCGCCGGAGAUAUUCACUAAAACCAAUAGUGAUGGUCAUGGCCGUGCUGCGGACAUAUGGUCUGUGGGUUGUGUGGUGGUUGAAAUGGCAUCGGGACAACGCCCGUGGGCACAAUUCGACUCGAAUUUCCAAAUCAUGUUUAAAGUGGGAAUGGGUGAGAAGCCUGAAGCGCCGGAAAGUCUUUCACAAGAGGGACAUGAUUUCAUAGACAAAUGUUUACAGCACGAUCCAAAAGAUCGUCAGACAGCCCUGGAGUUGCUGGAACACAACUUUUGCAAGUAUGGUCAUGGUGACGAACAGAAUUGCGGCGAUUACACGCAAGCUCAGGUGCGACGUUCAUUUCGUCGUAACAUGAAUUUAAGAUAACGCGUCGCUGAAAGUGCAGCGAAAAGUGUCCUUGUUUGUUAGUGCAUUAAAUGCAUUUGAACAUGAAUUCAAAUAAAUAUAUUGUAUUAUAAACGUAGUAAAAUAUUUUGCUCAUCAAGUUAAAAAUGCUUCCAUGUAUUUUAAAUGUACACAAACGAUGUGUAUACUUAUAUGUAUAUUUAUUUUAGUAUUUAGGUAAAAGUGUUGACAGUGACUUAGAAUCCGCCUUAAAAUUCAUAGAAUUACAUACUUUUGUCUGUAUUUUUGACUAUGUUAAUGUUAAGGACUUGGUAGUAUAAAAUAUGUAAUUGUAUGUGUCUAAAUUGCACAUUAAAUGUGCAGCAUAACCCAAAUAUAAAUAUAUAUAUCUGUAAAAGUUGUAUGAAAAUGCGGCAAACAAACGUUUAAGUUGUUUAU